UGUAAAUUUGUGUCUUUCUAAGUCUGUUUAUUUGGUUUUAUCACUGUUUAGUGUUUUACUUUUGUACAAAGAAAAGAAGUUUUCGACUGGAAAACUGUAAAGCAUACACUGCUUUUACACUGUGCGUUCAUAAAAGUAGUAACAUCGCGUUGGCAGUGUUGCAGCGAUAUGAAAACGCUGAGACCGCGUGGCAUCGCAUCAUUCGCAUGUUGAUCUCUUCAUCAUCGUUGCCAUCCUCACUAACCAAUAUUCCCCGCUGCCGCCGUCGCCAUGAACAUGGAGCCGCCUAACCACCACAUGGAAUUCCAAUCGCACCAGGUGCGCGAGCGCAUGUACCGUCUGAUGAUCAGCCAGCUGUUCCAGGACGGUUAUUCUGCCGUGGGGGUGCAGGUGGCCAACGCGCUCAACCUCAUGGAUCCCCCCUGUCCCCCGUCCGACGAGCUCUUCCACCUCGUCUACCACCAGACCCCCCGCAAAACGCCGGCCACUGACCCGGCCGCCAAGACGCUGGAUCUCAAUGUGGACUCCUCGGUCGAGAUCAGCUCGCCGCCGUUGACGGUGUACGAGUUCGCCGUGACGACCAGCCACCGGGGUCCCAUCCACGCCGCGGCCUUCAGCUCCACGGGGAAACUGGUGGCCACCGGCAGUCAAGAUGGGUUUAUUAAGAUUUACGAUGUGGAGAAGAUUAUCCAGCGGGGACUGGAUUUUCAGCGCUUGCCGCCCGAUCAGAUCGAACAGAGCGUGAUAUACCGCAUCAUCCAAGACCACCAGGACAGCGUGGCCUCCGUGUGUUUCCAUCCGGAUCCCGACCGGCAGCUGCUGCUCUCCGGCAGCCACGACUUCACGGCGCGCCUCUUCUCCUUUGAGAAAUCCGGCUACAAGCGGGCCUUGAGGAUAUUCCACGAGGCGGAGAAGAUUCGGGAGGUGUUGUUCCAUCCCUCGGGCAGUUAUGCCCUCUUCGGGACGAUGCAUCCCACGCUGCGGCUGUAUGAUAUCGAGACGGGACGAUCCUUUGUCUCCUCCAAUCCACUCGAUCAGCACACCAAAGCCAUCACCAGUUUAUCAUAUGCGCGAGACGGAUCGAUAUACUGUUCCGGUUCGAAAGACGGCGCCAUCAAGUUAUGGGACGGUGUGAGUAACCGCUGCAUGCAGACGAUCCCGGCCGCGCACGAUAACCAGGAGAUCAACUCGGUCUCCAUCUCCAAGAACGGCAAGUACAUCCUUUCCUACGGGAAAGACGAGAACGUCAAACUGUGGGAAGUGGCCGCCGUCCGGCCGCUCAUGUACUACACCGGCCUGGGCGGGCCGCCGGGCACCCCGCCCCCACCCCGCUCGCAGGCGCAGUUCAACCACGAAGAGGACCAAGUGAUCUGUCCCAGUGGCUUCUCCGGCCAGUUGAUGGUGUGGAACAGUCGCAACGCGGCCAAACUGGCCAGUAUUCCCAUGGCGCAUAACGGCGCCGUCAAGCGCUUCUGUCAUUCCACCACGGAGCCGGCGUAUCUGACCGCGGGCGAGGAUGGACGCAUGCGGUUCUAUGCGAAGAUACGGGCGUAAUACGCCGGAGUUUAUGUCAUGUUAGAGAUUUUCUCCUGUUUAUGUUGCGCAUUCUUUGGAUCGGGUAUGAAGUACGCAAUAUUUAAUAUUCUAUUUGUAAGUAUUAUAACACGUCAGAUUUGUAUUAUCUCUGUUAUGAACUUGCGAGAAUAACGUUAUUCAAGGGAUGGUAACGAAAUAAAA